CUAUAUUUAUAUAUGUAUUUCUACCAGAGAAGAGUAGAGCGCUGCCAUCUCUUAUGAUCCUCUUUAGCUCAGCUUGGCUAACUUUUAAAACUUCGUCUCCAAGGGGCCCGAGUUAACGAGAUGUAGACUGCGUUCAUAAAGGCAUGCUGAGGGUCUUUACGAGGCUGUUGAGCAGUGUGAGAAACAGAGUCGCGAACAUGGUGGCAGAGCUUCCAGAGGCGAUUUUUGAGUUGAUGAAGGGGUGGAGAAGCUGAUGGCGGAGAGGAGGUCAGGACGACCUGGCUCUCUAAGGAGGGAACAUCUGCACCCUUCUCUCUGGUCGCAGACCAUGAACAUUGUGGGCCAGCUAGCGGAGACCGUGUUUGUCACGGUGAAGGAGCUGUACCGCGGCCUGAACCCCGCCACCCUCACCGGAGGGAUCGACGUCAUCGUGGUGCGGCAGCCGGAUGGGUCUUUCCAGUGUUCCCCGUUCCACGUCCGCUUUGGGAAGCUCGGCGUGCUCCGCUCCAAAGAGAAAAUUGUCGAUAUCGAGAUCAAUGGAGAAGCGGUGGACCUGCACAUGAAGCUUGGAGACAAUGGCGAGGCUUUCUUCGUGGAGGAAAACGAAAACAUGCAGGUGCCAGCCUAUCUGUGCACCUCUCCGAUCCCUCAGGAGGCCCCUGAGGAGAUUGACGUGGCCACCGAGGAGCCCGGAGCUCGCAGGAAGAAACGGCGGCGAAGGCGUGUGCGUUCCGAUAGUCACCUGAGAGAAGAAGUCAGCUCCUCAUCAGAAGAGAGGGAUAGAGAGGAGAGCGAGAGAGAAGCUGAUGCUGCGUCUAAGGAGCUGUCUGCAGCGCUGCUUGCCAGCAAAUCCGUGUACUACUCACUGUCUGAGGAGCCAAAGGAGGAACUUGGGGCGGCGCAGAACAAAGACACCCAUCCACAUUCAGAUGGAGAGCAGUCGCCCUCAGAAAAUGUUUUCUUCAGUCGACCAGAUUCUCCUAAAAGCGACUCCGAGCUCCUGGUUAGAACCCAGGAUUUGUCUGGGCUUCAGAUGCAGUGGAAUUGGGGAGGAUUUCCCAUGCCCUGUCAUCCAGAAAAGGCACCAGCAGAGCUACAGGCCCCCUCUCCCUCAAGCACUUCUCAUUUCCGCACCAUUGAGAGACAGGACUCCUUUGACCUGGGCUAUGGCACCGUGACCAGCUGCCAUAGAGCAGGCGGCGUAACUGUUGUAAAGCCUCACCCGAGGACACUCUCUCUCGAUUUAGGCAACUCUUCUACACAAAGCAGCCCUUUAUCACUGGAGAAAAACUCUCUUGAGGCACUUUCCUCACACAGCGACCUCUUCGUGUCCUGCGUUUCCUCAGGGGGUAUGGAUUCAACACGGUCACUUGAACGCACACCGGAUGGAGAUGACAGAGAAUCGCCUUCUGAGCCAGUUGACGUUUAUUUCAACACCAGCCAAGAAAGCACUGAGCAGGUUAGCUCAGAGGUUGAAAUGGGGAUUGAAAACAGAGCUUUAAACAAAUUUAACAGGUUUGAAACACAGAUGGAUGACAGCACUGUCCUAGAAACAAGAGACCUAGUAGAUCAGCAGCACCAAGCUGUCUUAUCUGAGCAGAGGGAACCGGGUUCUUCCCAUUCUGCUCCUGUCGGUGUGGGAGAUGGAGGCAUAUUUCCUGGCACUGAUGGAGGAGACGAGGAUAACGUAGCUAGCGCAAAUGAUGGAUCACCUGCUAGCUCAAUGACUGCUGUAUCACAGGACGUGGUCUCUGGGAUCAACGCGGCAAAGCCCUCUGAAGCAUCCUCCACAGCGGAACAGGACAAGAGAAAAGGUAAACGAAAUCACCAUCUGGGCCCAUCAGAUAUUUAUCUGGAUGACCUGACCACUCUGGACCCAGAGGUGGCGGCACUUUAUUUCCCCAAAACGGAGGCGGAGGCAGCAUUCAGCCAGAAUGCUGAACAGAGUUCCUGUUCGGGGAGCCAGUCGCCUCAGUCUGUGGGCAGCGGAGCAAUGGACAGCGGCACCGAGUAUCUGUCCGAUUCCGCAUCGUACAGCAUGGACGUCAGUUUGUCCCUCUGUGGGCAAGAAGGAGGCACCAACCAGAUCACCAAAGAAAAGUUCACACAACACCUCGUUACAUAUCAGGAUUUAGUCAACAACCCGGGAAUCAUUGAGGACCAAAGUCUGGUUGUUUGCAUUAAUUCUAACUAUUACAAUUGGGCAGUGGCUGCUCCAAUGAUCCUGUCCAUGACAGCAUUCCAAAAACACCUCCCAAAGAGUACAAUAGAGCAGCUGGUGAAGGACAAGAUGCCUAAAAAGUCUGGUCGCUGGUGGUUCUCCUGGAGAAGGAGAGAUAUGGACAACAAGCAGAAACAAUCAAAGGAGGACCAGGAGGAGCCGCUGGCAAGUGUUUCCUCCACUGUUCAAGCCACACUGGAUGAUGUUGACAGUGAUGAGGCUGCAGGGCUUGGAAGAAAAGCCACCAUUCCUUCCGAUCUUUCUACAGAAACCAUGAACAUGGCUCAGUCCAUCAGUCAGAUGUAUCGCAAAUCCCUGCGUCUCACCUCUAAGCAGAUAGAAAAUCUAAAUCUGCACGAAGGAGCCAAUAAAGUGGUGUUCAGUGUGACCACACAGUAUCAGGGCACCUGUCGCUGUGAGGCUGCUAUCUACCUGUGGAACUGGGACGAUCGUGUGAUCAUUUCAGACAUUGAUGGGACAAUCACUAAGUCUGAUGCUCUCGGUCAUAUUCUACCUCAGUUUGGAAAAGACUGGACACAUAAAGGAAUUGCCAAACUUUACCACAAAAUACACCAAAAUGGAUAUAAGUUCCUGUACUGUUCGGCCAGAGCGAUCGGCAUGGCUGCUAUCACUAAAGACUACUUACAGUGGGUCAACGACCAAGGCACUGUUCUUCCUAAAGGCCCUGUGCUGCUGGCUCCCAGCAGCCUCUUCUCAGCACUACACAGGGAGGUGAUUGAGAAAAAGCCGGAGGUUUUUAAGAUCGCCUGCCUUAGUGACAUCGGGGAUCUGUUCAGGCCACACAAACAACCUUUCUACGCCGCCUUCGGCAACAGGACUAAUGAUGCUUAUGCCUAUAAGCAGGUUGGAGUAUCUGAGGCUAGAAUCUUCACAGUUAACCCUAAAGGAGAGCUUAUCCAAGAGAUGACUAAAGGCAACAAGUCUUCGUAUAACCACCUGAGUGGGUUGGUUGAGCAUUUCUUCCCCGUGCUCUCUGCUGAAGGCAGUAACUCCUCUGUUCUGGAUUAUCCUGACUACAGCAGCUUCUCCUACUGGAAGGAGCCUCUACCAAAACUGGACAUGGACGCUCUGCUGUAGACCGAACCAAGUCUUCAGUCACCAUAAAUGCACACAGAAACCUAAAACUUUCUUUUUAUUAGAACAGGAGACAGCUGUUAUUGAUUUUAUUCUGCACUCAAAGGUAGAUCCUGUGUCAGCUAUUUGAGUCUGAGUCACUGAAUAAAUUUUCUCUUAAACAGUGACAACUUUUUAAAAUAAUUUAUAAUUCUUAUUAAACGCAAUGUUCAAAACCACACCAAGUGAUGCCUGAAGCAUAGAAAUCUUUAAUGUUAAUGCCUUACUUGUAAGCUAAUGGAGAUUUUCACUGUAAAUCCCAACAUGCACCAUCAUCCAUGCAUCAGAGUGAGAAAGAGAUCUUGUUUUUCUUAAGGUUUAAGGUUUUGUAGCUCAUUUUAUCCCAAAAAAACAAGACUGUUUGAAAAAUUCAUUAUAAAUGGAUCAGUACGAUCUCAUUGAGUUAAAUGGUUACAGCUUUAUGUUUGCAUAAAAGCCUUUGGAGCUUGAAUAAGAAGUAGAUCUGAUGAGUUACUCUAGCCUAAAGGUUAUUUAGCAUAAGAACUUUAUAUAAUGCAGAAGACUGUGAUGCUAA